AGGGAAUAGAGAUUAGAGAGUAUUUAGCCCUAAAAGUUGAGAUUUCACUCAAAAUAUCGUGAUAUAAAGAAUUGGACAUGCAAAAUAUCGUGAGGACGAGAAGGGACUUGGAUGUGAAGAUUUUAGACGGUUGAUACAGGGGAGACUAAAAGGGCGGAAAAGGGCGAGUAGCGUGAGCAUCGGGGGUGAGGAUGGCCACUGGUUUAAAAGAGGAAGGACGAAGCCAUUCACCAUGAGAGCUCCAAUGGAGACGAUGAAUAACACCGACUCCAGCACUCGUAAUUCCAAUUCCAAUUACGAUACGACGUCGUUGUCUGGAGACGACGGCCCCGUUCGUGUCUACGCUGAUGGGAUCUACGAUCUCUUUCACUUCGGCCACGCUCGCUCUCUCGAGCAAGCCAAAAAAUCGUUUCCAAACACGUAUCUACUUGUUGGAUGUUGCAAUGAUGAAACCACUCACAAGUUUAAAGGCAAAACUGUUAUGAAUGAAGUGGAGCGUUAUGAAUCUCUUCGCCACUGCAAGUGGGUUGAUGAAGUUAUUCCUGAUGCACCAUGGGUACUCACUCAGGAAUUUCUUGACAAGCAUAAAAUUGACUAUGUGGCCCACGACUCUCUUCCUUAUGCCGAUGCCAGUGGAGCUGGAAACGAUGUUUAUGAAUUUGUUAAAUCCAUUGGAAAGUUUAAGGAAACAAAACGAACUGAUGGGAUUUCUACUUCAGACAUUAUAAUGAGGAUUGUUAAAGACUAUAACCAGUAUGUGAUGCGUAACUUGGAUCGUGGAUAUACGAGAAAAGAUCUUGGUGUUAGCUACGUUAAGGAAAAGCGACUAAGGGUGAACAUGAGACUUAAGAAACUACAAGAAAAAGUGAAGGAACAACAAGAAAAAGUAGAACAAAAGGGAAAUAUGAAUAUAUUAGUAAGCACUGAACAGGGAGCAAAACAUAAUACAUGGGAUGGAUACAAGGAAACCGUCAAGAAGCAAAGAAACGGAGAUGCAAAGAUUAUUCAAAUUGUUGCAAAAACCGCUGGUAUGCAUCGCAAUGAAUGGGUGGAAAAUGCUGAUCGCUGGGUUGCAGGAUUUCUUGAGAUGUUUGAAGAAGGUUGCCAUAAAAUGGGAACAGCCAUCAGAGAUCGUAUACAAGAGCGGCUAAUGGGGCAGCAGUCAGGAGGGUCCAAAUAUCUGCUGCCUAAUGGCAAGGAUGACAUUGAUAAUGAGGAUGAAGAAUACUAUGAUGAAGAUGAUGAGGAUGAAGAGUACUAUGAUGAGGAAGAAUACUAUGAGUCCUCAGACGAAGAGGAGAAAGAGAAGAAGGCAGAAAAGAAAUAAGUGAUCUUCUCCAUGCUUUCCAGCCCCUCAGUUUCGGUAGAUUACUAUACAGUAGCUAUGGAAGGUGAAAUAUGAUUUUCAUAGUGGCAGGAGAGAGUUUGAACAUCGGAAUGGAAAUAUGUUGUUUGUUUUGACAUUUCCUGUGGUCGAAAUUUCGACAACUCUGGGCAAAAGCAUACAUGAAAAAUGAUUUAUGUUGGUUAUGGGUAUGGAAGAGGACCUAGCAGAAGCUGUUUGUGUUUGUGUAUGGGCUGUGAGUGAAGUUAUAAUGGGAAGGUUGUGAACCAGAUUGAGAGCUUUUCAUCAUAAGUAUGGUUUAGAUUCUUUAUAACAGUUGUUUCUUUGAAGCUUUCA